ACAUGUUCUCUGUUCUUACUAGGAAAAGGGGCCAAACGAUUUAACUUUUCCUACCUCAACCUUCAAAAGCUAUAUAAAACUCCCUAGAGGAAAUAAAAGCCCACACAUAUCCCACAACUGAGUUGAAUGAGCUGAAGAAGACAGAGAAAUAAGUAAAUCAGAGCUUAGAGGUACAGAGAUGGGUAUGGUGGAGAGAGGUGUGGUUGCUUUGUUGAUGGUGGUGGCUAUGGCGGCUCUGGAGGUGUCAUAUGGUGCAGUCUACAAGGUCGGGGACUCCGCUGGUUGGACCACCAUUGGCAAUAUAAACUACAAGAAAUGGUCUGCUACCAAGAACUUCCAAGUUGGUGACACUAUCAUUUUCGAAUACAACUCGCAAUUCCAUAAUGUGAUGAGAGUGACGCAUGAGAUGUACAAGUCAUGCAAUGCUUCGUCACCGUUGGCGACCUUCAGCACAGGGAAGGAUUCCAUAGUGAUACAGAAUCACGGCCACCACUUCUUCUUCUGUGGCGUCCCUGGUCACUGCCAAGCUGGUCAGAAGGUUGACAUCAACGUCCCCAAGGUCUCUGCAACUUCAGAAGCUCCCACUCCUUCGGCUUUGGCCUCUCCCACAGUUUCAGUUCCAAACAACGAGCCAGCACCUUCUCCUAAUCAAGCUGCUUCAAUAAUGGUGUUUGCUUUCAAGGAACGUUUUGCGUUUCUGGGCUUGUCCAUUGCAUUGCUCUUUGCUUGUCCUUAAAUAUUGCCAUCUUUCUUGAUGGGUAUGCUCAAUGAGCAUGUGCUUUUGUAACCAGUUAGUCAUGCUUAAUAAAAAUCCAUUGAGAAUGAGUGUUUUAGAUGAUAAAAUGUAUCAUUAAGUUCAUUGUAAUUUGUUGGAAAUGGUCAGGCAAAGCUUCUCCAAAGGGUCAAUGUCUGGAUCAUUUGCCGAGAUCAUUAGGGGCAUGUUUGUAAACCUUUUUGCUUAACAAGAUUAUGGGCAUGCACAUGAAGGUCAUUAUCCAUAGAAAAAACAGGUGUAUAUAUAUAGAUAUAUAUGAAAGAGAAGGUUUUCAAUCUGAAAUAAAAUGAAGAGUCAUUAUAUA